UGAAACGCGCUGGGAUCCUCGAAGGCUAAAGAGACGGCCAGGGGUCUCGGCGGUUUAUCCGCAGCCACGGCGGCCUGCACCAUCCUCGGGGAGGCGGUGGACUUGAGUCUGGUGGAGAGCAGGUAGAGGCGCGAGGAGAGCAGAUACCCCACACCGUGUCCUCAAAGUGACAUCUGCUCGCAGGGAUUAUUUUCCUGUCAAACAUUGGAUGGAACUUGAUAAAUGUUUAGAAGAAUGAGAACUGUUUUGCUGUGUGCACCGGCGACAACUGGAGUCAGCAGGUGUCGCCUUUUGACGUUACCAUGGGAGGACGUACUGGUUGCACAUAUUUUAUCCUAUUUACCUUUGAGACAGCUUGUGGCCUUGCAAAGAGUGAGCAAGGAAUUCCACACGCUCAUUCGACUCUUCUUUGCCAAAAGCACGAGUCUUGAGCUAGUUGGACCUUGCGUUCCAAAGGAGGCCUUUUGCUCUCUGGUGAAGGACAACAGCGGUCUCCUCAAGCUGUCACUUGAGAGCUGCUCCUCCUGGCUGACGGACGAAGAGCUGCUCCCCGUGAUCAGCCGGAACCGGCGUCUGCUGACAGUGGGCUUGAGCGACUGCGUGGGCCUUACCCGCCACUCACUGGGGGCCUUGUCUUUGACUUGCUUACACCUACGGCACCUCGCUGUGGCCCGCUGCGAAUUCGUGGAUGGCCCGUCCCUGCGCAGCCUGGCCGACCACUUCGGGGAGUUGCGCUCGCUCGACCUCAGCGGCUGCAGCCGGCUGAAGGAUGACUCCAUCUGCUACCUGGCCAAGAAGUGUGUGCGGUUAGCCUUUCUGUCUUUGGCUGUCAAUGAAAGUAUCACAGGUGAGGCAGUGGAGGAGGUCGCCAAAAACUGCAGGGGUCUCGAGCAUCUGGAUCUGAGUUGCUGCCUGCGGGUUAGGGACCAUGCAAUCAGGACAGUUGCUGAAUAUUGCCCCAAGCUGCAGUCCUUGAAGGUGAAACACUGCCGCCAUGUAACCGAGUCCAGCCUGGAGCUUCUACGCAAGCGCAACGUGCUUGUGGACAUCCCUCCGCCAUCUGGGAGCCUUUCGCUCGUUGUGCACUCUGGCCCUUAUGUCAAUAUUCAGCAGCGGCUAAAGAUCUUCCUGGGAAAGAGCUUCCUGAAUCAGAGUGGUCUUGCUCACCUCUGGAUUUGAGGAGAUUCCAAGUGGAAGUGCAAAAUCCUGCUCUCAUCUGCUCAUGCGGUGGCCUUCCCUCAACAGCCGGCUGAUAUCCUCAGCGGAUCAACCGCCGUCCACAGCUUCGAGCCCCUGAAAGCCCUUCACCAACAACGGACAGCAGGUCCUCUUCCAUCUGAGGUGGUGCGGCAGAAUAGAAGUCAGUUGGACUUCUUCUUGGAGACGUUUUACCUUCAACCCAAAUUCAUUCAACAAUCUAUGGUGAAAGCCUCGGCUUAAACUGCUCUACUUCAGCUAUUUCUUGAUAUAAAAAAAAGAAGAAACGGUAUUCCAUGGCGUGGCUGUUUUGCAGGAGCUCCCACAACUGGAAGACCAUUUUCUUGGCCUGAUGCGAGACCUGUUGAGAACCCAGCCAGUCUCUUCUCUGACGGGGUUGGAGGUCCUGGAGGCAGUGAAUUUCCCGGCCAAUCAAGACUAACGGCGGCAGACAGGCGCGGGGCCGCGACGCUUUAACGAGGCGCGAUGCAAUGAACAUUGCAAACACGCCGGCGGAUCAGCGAUUCACCUUAAGAAAAUGAUUUGGAAAGGGUGAACGGUCUGGAACGGCGCACGACAACUGGAGCGAGGCCAGAAAGUCGAGGGAAGACGUCCGGGUACGAGGGGCGUUCAAAGACCCGAUCCAGGGCUUCCAGCUGCUGCUGGGUGAAGGCGUCGGCCCUCAGGUGUUUCCGUAAACUCUCCACACUACCCUGAGAAUCACUGUUUGGACCAGAACCAUCUGAACCAUCUACAAGGAGAGAGAGCCACAGUCGACACGCUGGCCCCGCCACCGCCGACUUCCCACGCUCUUCAAAUUGAUGGCAUCUUCCCUCCCACGGUCUUGAUUCCCAACCGGCGAAUCCACCGCGCUGUUGCCAAGUAAGGUCUCGAGGCGUGUUUAUCGAUCACGGCGGCGGUCGAGUCUAUUCAAGUUGACGUCCGUCCAUAUUAACGUGGGAGCCGCCUCCUCCGCCAGAUCAUGUGACCCCGCAGGGAGCAGACGCCUCGCUGCGGGUACGCCACUUGACAGUCACGACCCCCAGCAGGAGACUCGGAGCAUUUGUUAUCACGGAAAAAUGUCAACUCAGCAAUAUCGCUGUUCCCAACUUCAGUCACGAGAUUAGCCACAUGAGGAAAAAUGGCCAGCGUGUGUGGCCCACCAAGUGGGGAGAUGGAGGUAAUUCAUUCAGCUGAGACUCACCACCCUAAUCCAAUUUCCAGCCUCCCCCAGCAAGAGAUAAUUACAAGUAUUAAAGCUGUUAGGACCAGAGGGGGGCUUCUCUGCAACUCUGCCGCAAGCAUCCACGGAGAAGGAAAAGUGGGGGUUAAGAUGGAAGACGCCAAGCUAAGGGAUAAAGCAACUGACAUUAAUCCCAAUAAAAAUCACACAUAUGCGGCUUUGAAAAUGGAUGGACGGACGGACGAAUGGAUGUUUUUGGACAAUUAUCCGGAUGAAACUCAAUGUCCCGCCAAGCAGCACGAUUGAAGUUGCCCGUCCUCACUUCAGCUUCACUUUCCCCGCUCUUUUUAACUCUUGCUGCCCUUUUGGACUUCAAGAAUGUGUCGUGUGUUUCAGGUCGAAUUGAAGGCAGUUGCCCUUUAUCUUUUGCAAAGGAGAUUUACAAUGCAGCCAGCAAAAGGAGACCUCCGAUGAUGUGCAGUCAAUAUACAGGCGACCCCGCAAUAAAGGCCUCGCCCUUCUUUUCGCCACGUGAUUUACCGAGGAGGCUCGGCCGUCGGUCUCGUCAAGUCUGCGUCAGUCCAUGCGGGCUGGGACAGCAUGAUCCAGUUGCUUUUAUGUUAACAAGAAAAUAUUUUGAGACCAAAUGAAGUUUUCAAAUCUGCAGCGUGUGGCUUGUGGCGCCCCCUAGGCUUCAAUCCUACACGUCGCUUUGAUAUGACGUAGGCUCGACCUAGCCCCUACCCGCCUCUCAUGGAUUCGAACGUUUUGAUUCUUUUUAUUUUAUAUUGCAGAUCUUCCUAAUCAGUGUUGUUGUGGUGACAGGUGAAAAUGACGGUUUCAACAAGAACCCAAAAAGUUAUACACUGUAGCUUAAUGUGCACUGAUAAAUGUGGAUUGUUAUUAUGGCUUAUUAUAAAAAAAGGAAUAUUACCCACCUCAUUCUUAUAAUGUCUAUAUGUACAUUUGUGUGUAUGUAUGACAUAAAAUUCUUAAUUUAUUUUUAUUAAGUUUGUCAAGAAUCUGUUUCCUAGUGGCGGAUGCUGUAAAUUAAAUUGACGAUACGAAUACACUAAUCGUCUGCUGCCCUCUAGCGGUGUAAAUGAGAUCGUUGGCACCACUGGCUUUACGGUAGAUUUGCCAACGUGUGAUAGAUAGGCUAGAUUGCUGAAUUUGCAGCAUUGUAUUGUCAUCUGAGGGCUUUUCGAUGAAGUAUGGAAUGAAAAGAGAAAAUCAAAUCCAAACACUUGAGACAAAUGGGGCUAACAUCCAUUUCCUAUCGCUUUAUUGCAAGCGGGUUAACGCACACACGCGCACGCCCUCAAAAGAGACACAGUGUCACAGCAGCACUUGUCUACAUUUUGUACUUGCUGCAGCAAAAUAAUUGCCUUAUCUGCAACUGUCAAAAUGAUAAAUGCCCCGGAGAGUGGCGACAAUUGACUGAUGGAAUUGGGGGGAGGUCGUAGUGAUGAUGGAGGGAGGGUAAUUCGAAGGGGGGGCGCUCAUCCCCGAUCUGAAAACUAUGUAUAAAACACAAAUCCCCCCCAGUGCAUUUGUGUAGACUUACGUAUGGUAAUCAAUUGAAUAGACGAUCAAUUAGUAUUAGCAAGAGAUAAGUGAGGGGUCACUCCCCCAAGCAUUUUGGGUCAACCUAUAAUGGGACUACAAAGAAAAUCACAAUAGGGAGACAAAUAUGGCUCAUAUCAUUUUAACUACUUCUAAUUGUUGAAAAACAUAAAAUGCCCAUUUUCUUGUUUUUCAGAUUUGCGUUUCUAAAUUGGGAAUAGAAUGAACGAAAGAUCUUUUCAUUUGGUCAUUUGAUAUUACGUUUCAAAACAGAUAUUAAAACUGGAAAAACGAUUUGUUAUUUGAUUUUAGCUUUAAAAAAUAAAACACAAAUUGAACUUGAUUUUCUUGUUUGUUGUCUGGGACGAUUAUUAAAAGUUAGAUUUUUAAUUUCUAGUCCUGCAACGUAAAUCCUGUAUAAACCUAAGCAGUCACCAUAAAAGGCCGCUGGAUGGCGCCAGUGGGCAAAGUGCUGUUCACCCAGCAGGUGGAGAAGGUUGUCUUGGAUUGGGGACGUGACGUCAGGCAUUCAGGUAAAUUGAAGACCGGUGUGCACGAGAGGAGUUAUCUAAUAGAGGUGAAGCAAGAUGGCGGGCGACCGCGCGGCAUUCUCUCAGGUAAGCGGGCACAUGAGCAAAUGUUUGUCGUCCGUUGUCGUUUUUCACGACGUCUUUUGGCUUGUUGCAGGAUUUUCGCCCAUGGAGGACGCAGUCGCGUUUGAGGUUUGAGCACAGCACGUCACAAUUUCCUUUCUUUUGCUUCAUUCAGCACGGUGCUUGGGUUCUUUGGCCGCUAGUAUUUCCUAUAUUUUUUUCAUGCUAGUCAGCUCGUUUGCAUUCUUGCAUUCUAAGUACUUUAAAAGACACACGUGGUGGCUUUGUAUUAGUGGAUUGAGCUAUAAAAGUGGCGCUUUGUUUGAACGUUUGAUUAUCUGCUCUUACUGUGCAUGCAAAAUGUUUUUUCACUCCCUUACAUGAAAAAGGCCUAUUGCAUUUGAGUGUUUCAUUUUGCCAAUUCAUGAUUGUCAGAUCCUUGAGUCUUACAAGCCCUUCCGCUCCAAAUAAAGCCAUAUUAAAUGAAUGGAUAAAUAAAAGCAUAGAUAAAUACUUAAACCGUUUAAUGAAUACAUAAAUGCACAGAUGAAUACAUAAAAACACCAAAAAAUCUACAUCCCCAUAAUAGAUUCCUCCCUGCUGACCAACACAAACUUGCGAAGCUUUUGCGAGCACUCUGGUGUCCGGUCGAAAGGGACGCAUCAUCUUUCGGACCCCGAAACGCUGCAUGUGUGUUUUGCAGGCUGGAAGCCAAAGGGGAUGUGGAAAAGGACCAGUUUUGAAGGCUGGAUGGAAGAGGAGCCAAAGGGGAUGUGGAAAUUGAACACUUUUGCAGACUGGCAUAGGAGCCAAAGGGGAUCUGGAAAGGGAACAGCAAGAAUCAAGCAUCAGGCAAAAGUCGACGUGUAGGGAUGGUGUGACCAGGAGGGGACAGUGUUGCGCUCUGGUUGCCUUUGGUUAUGGGUGCACGUCGGAAAGGUUGCCUUGAAAUCAGGGCAAAGAGUUUUUGGGGGUCUGAUGGUUGGACUUGGUUGUUCUUGCUUAAGGAGUGCGCUGUGGUUGAGGUUGUGGCUUGUCUGGAUCCAGAGCAGCUUUGUCUUGCGCAAGGAUUGCCAUUGAAAGCCGGACGGGGCAUUGUAACUUUUGGGGGGGAGACAGUCACGCCGAUGGACACAAACGAAACCUUGACGUGGAGCUGAAUGUCCAAUGUUGUGAUAUGACUUGUUGACUAUUGUAACAUUUUGUCUUUUUCUAACCUACCACUGUCGUACUUGCGUUUUUUGCUCUCCGCUCGGUCAGGGCGAUGUUGGAGCGAGCGGGUGGGUCCACAAGGUGCCGGAAACACAAACAAAACUUUGACGUGGAGCUGAAUGUCCAAUUUUAUGAUCUGACUUGUUGACUGUAACAUUUUGUCUUUUUCUAACCUACCACUGUCGUACAUGCGUUUUUUGUUCUCCCCUCGGUGCAGGGCAGCGUUGGAGCGAGCCGGUUCAUGAGGUGCCGGAAAUAAUAACCAAAGUUUGACGUGAAGAAGGAUGUCUAAUUCUGCAAUCUGACUUGUAACAUUUUGUCUUUUUCUAACUUACCACUGUCGUACUUGUGUUCUUUGUUCUCCCCUUGGUGUAGGGCGACAUUGGAGCGAGCCGGUUCCGAAUGUCCAAUAUUGCAAUAUAACUUGUAAGCUUUUGUAUCAUUUUCUAACCUACCACUACCAUACUUGCGUUUGUUCUCCCCUCGGUCUAGGGUGGCGUUGGAGCAAGCUGGUCCCAAAUGUAACUUGAAACAUUUUGUCUUAUAACCUACCACUGUUGUACAUGUGUUCUUUGUUUUCCCCUCAGUGUAGGGCGACAUUAGAGCGAGGCGGUCCCGAAUGUCCUAUUUUGCAAUGUAACUUGUAACAUUUUGUCUUUUUCUAACCCACCACUGUCGUAUUUGAGUCCUUUGUUCUCCCCUCGGUGUAAGGCAGCGUUGGAGUGAGCCGGUCCACGAGGAACCAUCGGUUGAGGGUGUUCAAGACCGAACGACGCGAGCAGCGCGCAACUCAUUGCAUGUUCUGCUUUUUGCAGGUUGGACGCAAAACGGGGACGCACGGCCCGACCCGCCGACGGUAACAAAGAGUAGCUAGCUGCUGUGAUCGAAUGGCGACCGGGACACGACUCAAUCUGAUCCGAGGUGGACCGGGUGGCAUCACUCUGCAGCCAGGUUCUGAGGGAGACCUGCUUCCCUGGAGACGUCGACCUGCGCAGCGGCAAUGCGUGAAAUGGAUUUUUUUUUUUUUAAAUUCACAACAGUGGUGUCCGAACGUCUGUUUGUGGGCCUCAUACUGAAACAAAUUAAGAAUUCCUUGACAAAAAUUAAUUAAAGAUUCUAAUUCUAAUCAAUCACAACAUUUUUCUAUUAAGUGUUAAUAUCUUGUGCGUGUGCUACAAAACGGUGUUUAUUUUGAAUGUUAUUCAUGUGGUGUCUUGAUAAAUCAGACCGCAAAAAUUGAUCAGUUGUACUUUGGCGCUCAGAGUGGCCCGUGUCCAAUGGCCUUUUGUGACAAAGAGCCCCCAUGCCGCAGUUUGGACACCAAUGGUGACGUGUGUGUGUGUAGGGCUGAACGUGUAUUGGAAAACUGCCACUCGGUGGUAUACGUUAUCGGCAUGCACUUUAAGAAACAAAAGAUUUAUUGAUCCAAGUUAAUGUUAACAUCUGAUCUCAUACAGUUGACAUAGUUAAGUUCCAUCCCAAGUUGUUGCAUGACUUUGCUCAGUGCAAUGGUCUGGCCCAGUACUGCCAUAUCACUGGUUUUCCAAUAUGUUGUACAGCCUUGAUUGAGUGCAAGCGCGCAGCGACGGCAAGCGACCGCGCAAGCGAGACUUUUGUGCUUGUCUUGAAAGGUGAACGAGAAGCUGCACAAAACGCAGAGCCGGCGGAUGGGGGUCACGAGAGAUUGGCGAGCAAAGGAAGAAAUCACCCCAAGAAAAGCAGUCUCCAUGUGAAGAAGAGGAAGUAGCCCGAUGCAUGGCUGGCCAGAGGGCUCGCUCACGUGGCGUCGGAGGGACCGGAGCAGUUCCUCAAAUGAAGAUGAGUACCAUCUGCCGGUCACUGAGUACGUUGACAGAAGUGAACCGCAUGCAACGGAGUGCCGUCUUUCUUUUUGCAGUUGCGCGAGGCAGAGGAAGGGUGCAAACGUCGAAAACCGGCCCGGAGCGGACCCGAACCUUCUGCAGACCUUAGCCCGUGACGAGCGGCCCACAUGAGGCGGGUGCAGAUGCGGCGAGGCCGGGUGGGCAAAGCAGCUAACAUUUAGGGAGAGUAUGACUUUCUCUUUUUUCCUUUUGCACUUUCUUGCCCUCCCUCCACUUUCUCACUGGGUGUGCACACUGUCUGUCUGCAUGAUGCUUCUCUUUCUUCCAAGUGCUGUUGUUGUGCAAUAUUGUUUUAAAGUGUUUUUUUAAUACAUAGAGUGAACUGUAAAGUUUGUACUGUAAUUAUGUGCCUCUGUACCUGAAUUAAAUUGUUAACUGAAUUCAAGGGGUCCAUUUUCAACAUUGGCCUGUGUAGUCUAGCUGUGCGUAAUGAGGUGAAUGUCAAGUAGACUGACACACAUAGAUGCAAAUGACAAGCGUGUCAAAGCGUAAAAAGUCGGCGUUGCAACCCAUGAAAUAUGUCCUUUGGCAAACCUUUUUGCAACCCUGCUGUAAAAUGGCCACUGAAGUCAGAAUCUGGCUCCGUUUUGGUGCACAUUUUUUGUACGAGUAAAAGCCUUUAUUUUAUUGAAGUCCAAGCCUGUUUUUCUUUUUGCGGUUAGAUUGUCAUGCGGGGUGUUUCUGUGAAUAAAGUUGACUUUGGUGUG